AUUUUAAAUCUGGGACAAAGAACUGUCUGGACGGACCUGCUUCAACUGCAAAACCUCAGCGCAGCCUCGCGAGCGGCCGGCCGGCCCGAGUCAGGAGCAGCCCCUUUAAAAAAAAGCCGAGUACAGUAUUGGGAUUCUUGAAACCUGAAACCUAGAAACAGAAUCGAAGCGGAAACCAGAAGGAAAACCUUGAACUCCUCCAGACAAUUGCUUCCGGGGAGUUUCAAGAGAGCGAGGGGGAAUAAAGGGCCCGAGAGGAGGGCCCCUCGCAUGGCGCGUCCCUGAGGGUCCUGGCGAGUUCGAGGAGCGUGGGAAGGAGAGGACCCGAUCUUCUCCCUGGGCUGCAGGUCAUGGCCACCGUGAAGCAGAAAGCCCUCGGCAUUGGCUUCAGAUGUCUCUCUUUGGCCACUUUUGUGCUCAUCUGCGCUGGGCAUGGGGGCCGCAGGGAGGAAGGGGGUCCAGCCUGCUACGGGGGAUUUGACCUGUACUUCAUUUUGGACAAAUCAGGAAGUGUGCUCCACCACUGGAAUGAAAUCUAUUACUUUGUGGAACAGUUGGCUCAUAAAUUCAUCAGCCCACAGCUAAGAAUGUCUUUUAUUGUCUUCUCUACUCGAGGAACAACCCUAAUGAAGCUAACAGAAGACAGAGAACAAAUCCGUCAAGGCCUUGAAGAACUCCAGAAGGUCCUGCCAGGAGGAGACACUUACAUGCAUGAAGGAUUUGAAAGGGCCAGUGAGCAGAUUUAUUAUGAAAACAGUCAAGGGUACAGGACAGCCAGCGUCAUCAUUGCUCUGACUGAUGGAGAACUCCACGAAGAUCUCUUUUUCUAUUCAGAGAGGGAGGCUAACAGAUCCCGAGACCUUGGUGCAAUUGUUUACUGUGUUGGCGUGAAGGAUUUCAAUGAAACACAGCUGGCCCGGAUCGCGGACAGUAAGGAUCACGUGUUUCCUGUAAAUGACGGCUUUCAGGCUCUGCAAGGCGUCAUCCACUCAAUUUUAAAGAAGUCCUGCAUCGAAAUUCUAGCAGCGGAACCAUCCACCAUUUGUGCAGGAGAAUCAUUUCAAGUAGUCGUGAGAGGGAACGGCUUCCGACAUGCCCGCAACGUGGACAGGGUCCUCUGCAGCUUCAAGAUCAACGAGUCAGUCACGCUCAAUGAGAAGCCCUUUGCUGUGGAAGACACUUAUUUGCUGUGUCCAGCACCUAUCUUAAAAGAAGUUGGCAUGAAGGCUGCACUCCAGGUCAGCAUGAACGAUGGCCUCUCUUUCAUCUCCAGUUCUGUCAUCAUCACCACUACACACUGUUCCGAUGGCUCCAUCCUGGCAAUCGCCCUGCUGAUCCUGUUCCUGCUCCUGGCCCUGGCUCUCCUGUGGUGGUUCUGGCCCCUCUGCUGCACUGUGAUUAUCAAGGAGGUACCCCCACCCCCUGCUGAAGAAAGUGAGGAAGAAGAUGAUGAUGGUCUGCCUAAGAAAAAGUGGCCUACAGUCGAUGCCUCUUACUAUGGUGGGCGAGGUGUUGGAGGCAUUAAAAGGAUGGAGGUUCGCUGGGGAGAAAAGGGCUCCACAGAAGAAGGUGCUAAGUUGGAAAAGGCAAAGAAUGCAAGAGUCAAGAUGCCAGAGCAGGAAUAUGAAUUCCCUGAACCUCGAAAUCUCAACAACAACAUGCGUCGGUCUUCCUCUCCCCGGAAGUGGUACUCUCCGAUCAAGGGAAAACUCGAUGCCUUGUGGGUCCUACUCAGGAAAGGAUAUGAUCGUGUGUCCGUGAUGCGUCCACAGCCAGGAGACACGGGGCGCUGUAUCAACUUCACCAGAGUCAAGAACAGUCAGCCCGCCAAGUACCCCCUCAACAACGCCUACCACACCACUUCGCCGCCUCCUGCCCCCAUCUACACCCCGCCACCCCCUGCACCCCAUUGCCCUCCCCCACCCCCCAGCGCUCCCACUCCUCCUAUUCCAUCCCCACCUUCCACCCUUCCCCCUCCCCCUCAGGCUCCACCUCCCAACAGGGCGCCACCCCCUUCCCGGCCUCCUCCUAGGCCUUCUGUCUAGACCCCAAAGUUCAUGCUCUGGGCUCUCAGAAACUUUAGGGAGGAGGCUCCUCUGUGGUGUUAGAACAAGUCUUUCCAGUUAAAGGAGGCUUCUGCUUUGGAAAUGAGUGGUGAUAAAGCCCACUGAUGUUCACACACCUUAAAAAUUGGUUUGUAAUGCCAAUAUACCAACAAUUGUGAUCGGCGGAAAGAAAUCGAAAUUCUGAAAUGCCUGAAAACAAAUAUGAGGCAACUACAAUCACAAUUAUAGCCAGCCAGCCAUCACCUCUAGAAGGUUCCAGAGACUGUGAAACUGCUGAGAUGCUCUAAAUGGGAUUGUUAUCUCAUAGAGACCAAUAAGAAAUCAUUUCUCUGAGGGUGAAAUGCAGAGUCGGAUAAGAAAUAACAUUGCUGAGUUUCUAAUUGCUGCCUUCCUUCCUCCACUCCACCCCCAUCACUUAACCCUGCAUGGACCCUUGGCCUAGGAACCAAGGAAUCCUACCCCUGUACAUCACCCAGAAAAGUGAAAACCCUUUGCCUACAACUUCAGGGAAAGCUUGGGUUACCCUUUGGGGCAAGAAACUCAACAUCAGACAGAUAUCCAAAAGCACGUCUUACUGGGAUUUGCAGAGGAGUAAAAACAUGCCAUAUUUUCCUUCCAAAUUCUCUUGGUUUCCAAGUGAGGAAGAGAGCGUGUGUUACUGAUGGAAAAAGGUACGUUGUCAUGUUGCUGUGUAAGUGAAAUCAAGUGUGUGUGCUGUCAAGGGGAGUACUGAUGGGAGCAUCAGACAGUUUCUAAAACCCACAGGCCAUCAGCAGCUUGGGGUGGCUGGCUUUGGCCCAACAUAGUCCCCUAAAUCAAUAGAUAAUGCAUUGUCAAAGAGCACCCAGUUAAUGAUUCUUGUGAAAAAUCAAGAUUUGGCUUUGGUUUAAAUCACUUGAGAUACGAAGAAGUGAUUGAUCCCAUUUUCUAGAGACAAACAUGAGUUGAUCUUCCCAAAAUGGCACCACUAGCACCUACCACACAAUUUCACUGAUUUUACUUUUCUUUCUUGGUAAAGUUGUAUACCAGAGACUUUUAGGGAGAGCUGAGAGACAAUGGUCCUUACAUAAUAAGGAAACUAUCCCCAGGUUCUUUGAUUAAGCCCAAAAAAAGCCAUGUGUGUGUGGACACAAAUAUAUUUCUUCUUGGCUUUUCAACAUAUUCACAAAUUAUUGUCAACUGUUAACCCAGAGGAAAUACUCCAGAAAUGCUCUGCCUGAAAUUCCCACUAUGCCUAUGACCCACUCCAUUCCUCCAAGUCUUUCUAAAUCCAUUGUCAGCAGUAAGCCCUAUAAGCACUUUCUAAACAUUUAGCCUCAUCAGUGUUUAAUGGGGUCAUUGUUGAAGGCCUCCUGCACCAAUCUGUUCAAAAUUAUCUCCCCCUCCAGCUUUCCACGUGUCUUAAAAUUUCUCUCUCAAACCCCUUAAACCUUUUGAGGAACAAAGCAGAGUAUAAAAUAAAUAUAACUUAGUGCUUUAAGCUAUGGUCUCUGAAGAUCCUUCAAGAACCCAUGAGGCCAGCCUCAUUCUUUGACCUUACUUAGAAUAGAGACAUAAGGACCUGGCAUGCAUUCCAUAAACUCCAAUUCCUAUAGCCAUGGCAGACAUUACUAAUCAAUCGCAGCACUAUUUCCCAUGGAGCCCAAUGAUUUCUUUGCAACUCUCAAAUCACAACUUCAAAAAGCUACCGCUCAUCAAUCAGAACUGAGAGAAAGAUGAGCCCUAUUUGCCAUCCCUAAGGAAAAACAGGGAUUGUGUGGGAGAAUGGGGAAAUCUUUGGGCAUAAAAGGUACAAUCAGGAAAACAGAUCUGGGCAGAGUGCCUAGACCACAGGUGCUAAAUCUGUAGUACCAACACCAAACUGACACUUCUCCAAGCGUAUCUCAGAUCCAGCCCUUCUCCCAGCCUGCCACUUCCAAAGAAUCCCCCAGCCUUCUCAUAGAGCUAAAAUCAGAGAUAGUCUCCAGAACUUAUAAAAACAACCUCCCCCCAUAGUCCCCCAACCUGGCCCAUAUCGUCUAUAUUUAGAAAACUAGGCUUCUUCUUUAGUAUAGUCCUUCAUGAAGUGGGAGCCAGGAUGUCUCGGCCACCUGGAGUGACAUUGCUGGACUCCAGAAAACCAUUCUAUAGAAGAAUGGAUUCCCCAGGCUCACAGUGUAGAGACUUUGAGCCCAUGGAACCCGUUUUGACUGCUGGCAGUACGAAACGGUCCACCCCAUACCACUGCCGUAUGACUCACUGCGGCCAUAAGAAAGUUCAAGCCACGAUGCUGUCAUCCUUGUGCAAAAAGAUGGCGGGCAUCGGGUGAGAACAGACAGUCAUGAUCUCAACAGCACGUCAGUCAGAAGCCCUUUGCAGUUUCCGAGAUGUUGUUUGAUGAACUUUUUUGGUGAAAUAGGGAACUGCAAAUAUAUGAUGAUUUUGAAAAGGGUUAGCAGGGUUUGUCCUUAAAACCGAUUCGUCAUGUCAUCCCUAAUCAUUUAGAAUUACAGUUAAGAAGGAAAAACAUCUAUUCUGUAUGAACAAGGCAAUAUUUUAAUAAUAGGCUAUUAAAGGCAGGAAGAUUCUUUAACUGGUUUAUAAAAUCUAUCAGUACUUGUAUAAUUCCCUGUAAAAGGCAGCAGACAUAUGAUUGUGAUCAGGAAACUGCACGAAAUUAUUUUUUCAACUCCCAUGUUAUUGUCCCCGUGAAGUUUUUUUUUAUAAUAAAACCCAAUUUUUUGUUGUAUAUAUUUGUAUUCCAUGCAUUAGAUGGAAGCAUUUCUUAUCCAGUGUGAAUAAAAAGAACAGUUGUAGUAAAUUAUUAUAAAGCCAAUGAUAUUUCAUGGCAGGUUAUUCUACCAAGCUGUGCUUGUUGGUUUUUCCCAUGACUGUAUUGCUUUUAUAAAUGUAAAAAUAGUUACUGAAAUGACGAGACCCUUGUUUGCACAGCAUUAAUAAGAACUUCGAGGGGUCCCCUCUGUUGACAACCAGCUCACAAACAGUUUCUGGCCUGGAGCUUGGCACAUAUGCCAGUGAGACACAAGUCUCUCUUUUACCAACGUCAAGAACCUGAACUGGUGGACAAAUUAAUAGUCUUGGAUAUCUGGCCACGGGUAACCUCAUUGUAAAUAUCACUAGACUGGGCAGAGAUGAUUUCAAAGUUUCAUAUAUACUAAAGUCCAAACACUGUCAGAUGAGGGAAAACUAUUAAAGAAUUAGAAAAAAUAAUAAUAAUUAUGAGAUAAUGAGCAACGGUUUCAGCUCAGUGCCAACUCAGUAAAAAACACGUAAUGCUGUGUAAAAUGGGUUGAAUUAAUUUGCAAACUAUAUAAAGAUAUAUGCAGUAAAAAAGCCUGUUAAUGCACACCAGAUGGGAAUGGGGUGUUCUUGUCAAUUGCCUUUUCUAGUUAUCUGAGCUCUACUAUAUUAUCAUACUUGGAUAACCAAUUUAAAAGAAUUAGAAUAUGAAUUUUUAAGUACACUUAACAUUAAACUCUUCUUCUAAUUCUUUCUUCUUUCUGUGAUAAUUCAGAAGACAGUUAAAGAUCUCCAGUGCCUCUGAGUCAUUGUUAUUAAAAAUCAGUUAUUGCUAUACCAUGCUGUAGGAGACCAGGCUAAACCUAUACAAUGACAAACCCUGGAAGUUGCUUUUUUAUAAAAAAAAAUAAUAAAUUCCUAAAAUCAA